UCUGUCCCUCCUGUAGAGGGUCAUGCUGGGAGGUAUGCCCAAGUACAAUUCAGCUCUGUUCAAUAAUGCAAAAAGCCGUUUUCUAUAGGGUAUAAAAAAAAUAACAAAUCAGCAACUACGAGCUAUAUGAACCAUUGCACAGCCAGUUGUAGCCUCUGGGGGCACUAGGCUCCCAGUGCGGCCUUCCCAGGACAGCUCCUCCAGCCCCCAGCAGCAAGUCAGUACGUGAAUCGGUGUAUCAGUCAGUGGGCACUGAAGAAGCGUCGGAAGGAGUACCCGUAGUUUAGCGUCAGUAGCACCCGACCGGAUCCAACGUGCAAGCACCAUGUCUGUACCAUUGUACCCCAGCUCAUGUGACUGCUUUGUGUCACUUCCCCCGGCCUCGUUGGCCCCUGUUGUUGUGUUUGCAAAGAAUUCAGACCGACCUCGAAUGGAGGUCCAGGAGGUUGUGUACUACACCGCUGCCACACAUCCGCCGGGCUCAACAGUCAUGUGCACCUUUAUUGAAGUUGAGCAGGCGCCGAAGACCCUGGCUGUACUGCUGAGUCGUCCAGCUUGGUUGUGGGGGGCAGAGAUGGGAGCUAAUGAGAUGGGGGUAUGCAUUGGGAAUGAAGCUGUGUGGACCAAGGAACCGGUUGAAGAGUAUGACGCACUGCUGGGCAUGGACCUGGUCAGGCUGGCUCUAGAGCGUGCUCCGACCGCUAAAGCUGCAGUGGAAGUUAUUGCUGAACUGUUGUCAAAGUACAGGCAAGGAGGCAGCUGUCGGGAAGACCCCCAGCCAUUCAUGUACCACAACACGUUCCUGCUAUGUGAUCGCCUAGAGGCAUAUGUGCUCGAGACAGCUGGACCAUAUUGGGCAGUUGAAAGAAUCACUGAGGGUGCACGGAACAUCUCUAACCAACUGAGUGUCGGGACAGUUAUAUGGAAAGAGCACCCUGAGCUUCGCUCCCAUGCCCUGACUCAGGGUUGGUGGGAUGGGGUAGAAGAAUUUAAUUUCAGGGCUGUCUAUUCUUUAGAAAAGCAGCCAGUGCGUAUGGAGGCUGCAAAAGCAAGAUACAGAGCUGGCCAAGAACUGCUGCAAGGACAAAAAGGGCACAUUACAGUAGAGUCAAUCCUGAAGAUAUUGCGUGAUAAGAACAGUGGCAUCUGUAUGGACUCUGGAGGCUUUCGUACUACAUCAAGUAUGGUGUCUGUGCUUCCUCGCUGUCCACAUUUACCAUGCAUCCAUCUGAUGACCGCCACUCCUGACCCAUCCAAGUCUGUAUUUAAACCUUUUGUGUUUGGUUCUCGAGUGACACAAGUGCCCCGGGUGUUGUCACCCAGUUUUGGAGAUAACGACCCUGUCAGGCAGAUUCCUCGCUUUCAGGCUCAGGUGGACAGGAGACAUGAGCUUUACAAGUUCCACCAGAGGGCACUGGAAGCCUGUGAAGGCAAUGAGGCUGCUCAACAGAGACUACAGGAAAAGCAAAGAAACAUGGAAGCUGAAAACCUUGUAUUGGUCAGUAGUCUGCUGGAUGGAACAGAUAUCCCUAACCUUAUGGACCUAUCUGACCCAUUUCUACUCAGUGUGGAGAAGGAACUUGCAUUGUACAGAGAAGAAAACCAUUAAUAGUGCAGGUCACCGUACUCUAUACUAAUGCAGUAUCUGAUUACAUCAUUGCCCCAACCAAGAACAACCAUAAUAAUGAUAGAAUUUAAUAUACAUAUUGAUGAAACAAUCACCAAAUGCUCUAAUUACAAUAAUUGUUCUUUUUUCCUUUAAACUUACAUAUGCACUAUACAUUGAGGACAAUCAUGGAAGGGCUUGUUUAGUGGUUGCUGUUUUAUGGGGGGAUCCAUGCUGUAAUUUUCUGUAGAAGGGAGCAGACACAGUUUGUCUCUCAUUCUGAGUGUCUGAAGAAGAGACAGCUCUAGCGAGUGACUGCAUUGUUUUUUUUAUGGGGACAGACUGUAAUUUUCUGGUGGAGGGAGCAGAUCUAGCUUGUCUUUCAUUCUGUGCAGAUGCAGCUGUGCCACCAAUUCUUCCAGAAGAAACGUUAUUUGUUUGUGAAACUUUUGGUUGCAGAUCAGGACAUGGCACUUUUCUAGUAGAGCUCCUGUUAAAUGCCAAUACCGACAUCCUAGCAUCGGAUUGGGUGGGUUGGACUGCUACCUGUUUUUUAGUGAUGGGUUUGGAGGUUAACACAGAGGUGCCAACACUCCGAUUAUCCCUUGCCUUUUUUUCAAUCGAAACAGGAGUCUUUGUAUCUUUCUUAGAUAUAAUAGUGUUGACUGGCUUGCUCUUAGUGGGGGAAUGCUGUGGGUUUGUACCAUGAGGAGAUAUAGUAGACGGCUCUGGGAGGUCUGCCUUGCAGGAAUCCCUCCUGGCUGAGUCAAGGGGCUGAGCAUCGGUAUUACUCAGCUCCGAUAGACGCUCUUCAUGUUCUCUCUGUGCUCGGUUUCUCCUCUGAUUAGACCUUUGCAGCAUCUCCUGAGUCGUAGAUGAUAGACCUAAGAAGAAGAAAAUACAUAAUAAAUAAAUGUAUUAAAUUACUGUAUGUUCCUAAA